AUGGAUUCUGCAGACGCCCAACGCACGACGCAAAACUCCGGCAUCAAGGUCCGCCGACCCCGGGCUGCUCGAGCAUGCGAUCUUUGUAGAGCCAAAAAGAACAAGUGCGAUGAGCUUUAUCCAUGCACUUACUGCAAAAAUCGCGGAGCAACAUGCGUCUACAAGGGCCAAGACAUGUCCAGGAGGCAUUACACUCCCGAAUAUGUGAGACAGCUUGAGGAACAGGUUAAGAGCCUCUCAGCUCUGGCAGAGUCCCAGAAAGCACCAUCAACAGACGACAAUACCUCGGUGUCAGCGACCAUCCCCGAGAUUGCCGAUGGAUUCUCACCAGCAGAGUGUAAUCUUCAACGCCGGCCUUCAAGGAGCACAACCGUCGGCUCUCCUUCAAACGCCCGGUCGAGGAAUGCUGCGGGCCAGGAAGUUUCCGGCGUCAACCGGCACACUCGGAACGUGGAAUUCUACGGCAGCUCAUCAUCAGUUGCUCUCCUAUCACACGUACAACGAACCGGCGAAGAGCCUGUCGUAGCCAACGACCUUGACUCUGAUGCCGGCACAUUACUCUCGAACCUGCACAACCCAGCCUUCUCGUCUCCUGCCGCCGAUCAACCGCAGGGGCCAGUGCAUCAAGGAGAAGAAAGCAUUCACUACGUCCAUCCUAUUCUCGACAAGAAGAUCUUCUUCGACCGCUGCGAAACUCUUUGGUCCAAUCAAGAAGUUGCACGAACGCCUUCGAGUUUCAUCGCUUUGUACUACAGCAUUCUGUCAUUAGGUGCGCUUAUUGGUGUGAGAGAAGAUGAGCCUAUCGACGGAGUUGAGAACUUGCAAUGGAGCAGGAAAUUCUUCGACGAGGCGAAGAGGCGCUGUGAUCAACUCGGAAUGGUAACGGAUCUGGAAAUGGUCCAGUGCUAUUUCUUCUUGGCCAAGGUCUGUCAGAAUGAGUUGAAUGCACAUUGGUCGUACAUGUACGUGGGACUUGCUGUGAGGACAGCACUCGCGAUGGGCAUCAACCGAGAACCUGGCACAGGCUCCAAGAAAGACCCAGCAGAGCUCAGAGCCGAAACAAGGACGUGGUGGGGUCUAUACUCAUUAGAAACAGAAAUGUCAUUUUCAAUGGGCCGACCCGACACGCUGGGCGCAGAUUUAUAUCACAACCGACAGUUCCCAAUCAUUGGUGAAACAGACAACGAGUACUCCUCUAGUUCCGACCUCACCGACCCUCCUUCAUGCGCCAUCAUCAAGUCAAUGGUCGACUACUCGAAAGUUAUUCGGAGUAUAUGCCUGGGUAUUUACUUGCCAGAAAUAACAGUACCCAGGACUGUGACUCUGGCACACCAGAUCGACCAAGACUUGCAGAAAUGGGCCGAGUCCUUACCGGAACCCAUUCGGCCAACAGGCUCAGUCCAGCCUCGUUCACUAAAGAGUGCGAAGGAGGCGCAGUGGAUGAAGAGGCAAAGGCUUGUCCUUACUAUGCGCUACCUCAACUUGAAGGUUCUCCUCUUUGGCUCAAUCCUCUUAACGUCGUCAUCGACAGAGCGUGCAUCAAUUCCAGGCUCACAUGAGGGCAUUCAAACUUGUCUUGAGUCAGCGAAACAAACGAUCGAAAUCAUUUACCAGACGUAUCAACAUCACGAUUUCUUCCGCACAUGGUUUUACAACACCACAUACACUGUAUUCGCAGCAUCCAUGAUUCUUGUUUAUGUCACACAAGAGGCUACAGAACCAGAAGUGCAGCCUCUUUUGAAGCUUGUGAGCAUGGCAAUUGAGAUUCUUGAGACCAUGGACGAAUGCGUAGUGGCUCUAAGGUCAGCUAAGCUUCUUCACAAAGCCAUUGAAAAGGCCGAGAAGAAGUUUUCAGCUUCAACACCUUCAGCGCCAAUGAUACCAGCGAUGCCACCGGCAGAUGCGAUGCUACAACUGAACCAUUACUGGGGACCCUUGAAUAUUUUGGACAAUGAGAUGGAUUUUGGGUUCGCGAUGCAGUUUGCGGACUUUGAGGGGACGAAUUCGCUCUUCAUGGCCCUCGACGACCAAAGGCCAAUGUAG